AUGCCCAAGAUGGGCCUCGGCCAGCUGCUGCGGAAUAUGGGUCCUGCAGGGGGUGCUCACCUUGAAGAAGGCAGUGCCUGGAGCAUCCGACGGCAUCCGCAGAGAUCAAGUUUUCAGGAGGCAAGCGGUGGAGCGCCACCCCCGAACCCGAAGGAGGGGCUGAAGAAGGUGGAGAAGGUUUCUCAGAAUGUGGGAUGUGCUCCUGGCUUUCGAUGUAUGUCGAAAAUCAGCGAGUUCGGCAUGGAGCACAAUGGUGAGUACAAGCGCGUCACUACGCCGAAGCUACCUGCCAGAUUCGAGCAAAGGGAUGUGUGGGAGUGGGGUUGUCCAGCAAGAGGCAACAUGACUUCCACUGGGAAGUGCCACCCACCAAAGCCAGGUGAAGAAGCCGAAGCAGGAAUGUGCUGGUCCCAGAACGCAAUGCUCGCUGGGCCAAAGACUCCUUGUGGAACUUCUGGCGACAAGUGCAUGUGCGUGAAGCCGGUCACGAGUGAUGGGUCAAUCGGGUAUGGGUACCGGAGCCGCGACAUUCUUCCGGAGUUCACCGAGGGCGACUCAAGUGAUGCCGGAGGAGUGGAGGUGGUCAUGGGUAACUUUCAAGUUCAGCCACUUCCGCACUGUGAUGACUGUUUAGCGCUGAGCAGCAACUGGGAGCAAUGUUCGGAAUGUGCGAACUGCGCUUACGGCACGAAAGACUUGGACGGGCGGCCGACUCUCGCGUGCUUCGACAAGGACUUUCAGCCACCCGGAGCUGCCGCUGCUGAUGCUGCCGAGAUGCCAAAGGCGGGGGAGGAGUAUCGGAAGAAGAACUUCGUCUUGCUGCAGGGCAAGCGAGCCGAGGAGCAGGAUCUGUGGACCAUUCCUCAAUACCCGCUGUGGGAUCCGGAACCUGAUGGUAUGGAAGCAGAGGAUGCGAACGGCGGACAGGUCUUUCCGUUCCAGAUAAACACGGAGCCUCUUUCCAACGAGGCCUGGGUCAAGGCAUACAAGACGGCUGCUCCAAGAAUUCAGUCUCUGAUGGAUGCGGUGGCAGCGAAGCUCAAGACUCGCUGGGGACCGGGAGCUCCGACGGAGGAGUGCUCGCAGCUCUUCGAAGCGAGAUACGUCAAGGCGAGGGUCGAAGUGCGCGGAGUGGUGAGUGUCUGUGUCUGUGGCAUGGCGAAGCACUUCACCAACAACUCUUGCCCUUUUUGUCAUCGAGCCAUGUUUGCUCGCGCACUGAGACCGGUGGAAGUGGAAACACAGUAUGUGCCAUACGGUCGGCAAGUAGAGUUCGCGGAGAAGCUUGGAGUCGAGGCGAUUCAGGGAGGAUCUCAGCCUUUCAAGAGUAAGACCGUCGCAGAGAUCAAGGCAAUUCGACAGGAAUAUCUUGAGAAAAUCAAUCCCAGCGGGGAAGUGCCGAGUCUCUGCACAGCUGAUGGAGCCGUCAUCACGGAGUCUGAAAUCUUGGCAGAGUAUUUUGAUUUGGUCUCCGACAGCCCCAGCCCGAAGCUUGUUCCACCUGACCCCGUGCAAGCCAGUCGGGUCCGAUUGGUUAUGAAGAAGUUCAACGAGGUAGUUCCUGGCUUGUUUGGCCUGCUGCGCAACCAGGAUGGAAGUAAGGACCAAGACUGGGCUGACAAGAUCAAGUCUAGCUUGCAAAAGUUCUCUGCUGUCCUAAGCAAGGAGAGCGACUUCUGUGUUGGGAGCAGAGUUUCCUUAGCGGAUGUGCAUUGUGCACCCUUCCUUCACCGCUUGAGCAUAGGUUUGUUACAUUUCCGUGACUUUCAGUUGCUGUCGGAUCCACGCAUAGAGAAAUUGUUGAAGACUGUUGCGGGGCUGCCGGAGUUUCAGAAUGGCAACCUGCCAGACAAAGAUAUUAUUGCGAACUAUGAGUUCGUGGCGCAUGGUUCGCAGUGGGGCCGUGAUGGCAAAUCAUUCCACGGACGUGGCAGGAGUAAGUUUGGACAGCACUUUGGCAGACUCGAUGCCGGAGUGACCAUUCACUAUUUUCCGGUACGUGGUCGGGCGGAAGCUUUGCGAAUGCUACUGCGAGCUGCAGAAAUUCCGUAUGUUGAUAAGUUGUACAGCCCGGAGGAAUGGAAUGAGGCAAAGAAGUUGAUGCCUGAGGGCAAGGGCGUGCCUGGUGUAUCAACUCGACCCGUCGGCAACAGAGGCUUGCCAGUUCUGGAGCUCGCAACUGGGGAGCUGGUUCCGGAGACAGCGGACAUCGCCCGCCUGAUUUCUGAGGAAGCAUCGCCGGGAAAGUUUCCGGCCUUGCAGGGCAAAGAGCUCGAGCAAGCUCACGAAAUGGCCGUGGCGUCGAACACCUACCCUCUUAUGUUCCCAGGUUGCAUGCUGGCAUCCUAUCCGGAAGAGGUCACCGAUGCCAUUCUUCGAGGUGAGAAGCCAGACACGUAUCACGGCAAUCUGUCGAACCUCCCGCCAUACAGUGACGUUCUUGCCUCCCUCCAGCAUUGGGAGGCAUGCUUAGGUGAUGCGCAGUUCUUUGCGGGAGACGUGCCGCACUACGGCGAGUUCAUGCUUUUCAAUGUCGUUGAUGCCCUGAGACUUGUGGACCCCGGAUGUGCCGCGAAGCUGGGAUGUAAGCUGCGCAGUUGGUUUGACAGAAUGGCAAGGCUCCCUUGCAUCGAUGAGUACCUCAGGGCACAAUCAGCCAGGAAAAUGUGCAAGGAGAUGCAGACACUGCAGGCCACCCUGGCGCCUGGAGAGCUUGGCACCUUUCCUCGAAGAUCUCCAUCAUCAGGAGAGCUUCUGCGCUGCGAGUUUCAUCGGAAGGACACCUGUGAGAGGCUCAACUGCUACAGCCACGACGAUGGUUAUGCCCAAGCGGUGGGUGACUUGAGAAAGCGGGACGGCGAAUGCAAGUCGGGGCCUCAGUGCGACGCUCUGCUCACGCUCUGCUUCUUUCAAACCUGUGGCAGGGUUUGUUUGUGCGCUCAGUAA